UCAAGUGUAAAAUGUACAUAUAAUAUAGAUAGAGAAUAGAGAGAUGGAUCGGUAGAGAUCCAGAAAAUUCCCCAUUCAUCGCCUCUGCCCUCUCUCUCUGUUCUUCAACCCAGAUCACUCAAAUCUUCCAGUUUUUUGUAUGAAAAUCAAUAUGGCAUCGGAGCAGGUUCGUUCCUUUGCGCUCUCCCUGCAAUUUUGAGCGCAGAUUGGCCGCCGACGAGGUGCUGUGUCGCCGUAGUCUGGAGCUUGCGGUCGUUGCUGUCGUGUGUGGUGUUGUGGUCUGUCCGCGUCCCUGUCUUCAUCCCCUCUGCAGUCCGCCGGAGUGAGGUGCUGCACCACCGCCGCUGGACCCGGACAUAGGUCUGUAGCGCUGCUCUGGUUUGGUGUCAAGUGGUUUGCGACGUGGUCAACUUCAUCCCCAAAGUGCUGUCCUACUUCUUUCUGGUACCUAUCAAGCCGCUGGUUCAUCUCCAAGUUUUUUAUUUGGCACAUAUUUUCUUGCGUGAGGUCUCCAUCACAAACAGAGGAGAGGCCAAGUUAAAUCAGACUAGUGUGCUACAGGCUACAACAAAUUAGCAACUGCCGUGGUGAACUUUAAUACAAUUGUUGAGUGUGCUUGGGGUGUGCUUUUGCAUUGAAAAUGUCAGAGCAAACUAAGGAUAAAUCAGGGGAUUCAAGUAUAGAAAAAAUGUAUGAAAUAUUCAGUAAAUUGCUUGAGCAGCAGCAGCUUAAAGCAGUCCCAGAGACAGUUAAGUAUGCCCUGGAACCAAAUCCAGUGAGGUUAUCAGGUCCUGGCAACUAUGUCAGUUGGGCACGCCAUGCUCAAUUGAUACUGAGUUCUCAUGGCUAUGAGAACCUACUUGUAGAUGAUGAAGAAAAAGCAGAAAAGUGGUGAUACUCACACAAGACAGAUCAAUGAUAGAGUUUUAGUAUGGUUGUUGGGAAGCAUGGAUCCAGUAGUGCGACAACAAGUCGAAAUAAUGUCAACUGUGUCUGAAGUAUGGACCGCUUUGGAGAAGCAAUUCGCUGGGAAAUCAAACAAAAUGCAGGCAACCCGCAUUAUGGAGGAAUUAGUUCAUCUAAAUCAGGGUACAAAGUCUGUAACAGAAUAUGCUGGGGAAUUGAAACGGCUAUACAGGGAUCUGCACUAUUAUCAUCCUUUUCAACCAGUUGACAAGAAAGAUCUGGCCAUUCAUCACAAAUGGUUUGAGACAAUUGUGGCCAAGCUGUUUCUAGAUGGACUAAAUCAGGAGCUUAACCUUCGACGACAACUCAUAUUCUCUCAACCAGAAUGGCCCAGUCUUGAUGAUAUUAUUUCCAGUGUGCUCGAGGAAGAAACCCGGUUGGCUCAACCCAAGGAGGAGGAUCUAAAAUGUGGAGAUGACCGUGCGGCUUUAUCUAUGCAAUACCGCCAUACUCCCAGGCCCUUUGGCAAGAUAGAAAAAAACAAGUUGUUUUGUGAUCACUGUAAAAGAAAAGGACACACAAAGGUUGGAUGUUUCGAGCUGCAUGGAUAUCCAUCAUGGUGGGAAAAAGGAAAAUCUCGGACAGGGGGAGUUCAGAGUGUGAAUAGAAGGCAGGCUAACCUAACCGCGUCUCUACGGGAGCCACCAGUGGUAGAUGUACGAGCUCUUGAAGAGUUCAACUCCAAGCUUAAACUCUCAGAAAGCUCAUCUUCCUCCCAAGGCACUUCUAAGGUUGAUUCCAAUCUAAUUGCCACUUCUCACCAAGGAGCUAGGGACUGGGAAACAAUUGGGGACUGGGACCGAGCAUGAAGGACUUUAUUAUCUUGAUGAUGGAAGUGAUGAAGUGGCUCUUGCAUCAUGUUUGUCUUCCUGUCAGGAGUUAUUGUUGCAUCACCGCAGGCUUGGACACCCUUCUUUUGCUGUUUUAUCCCGCGUUUAUCCUGCUUUAUUUAAGUUAUGUCCUAAAGAGGCACUAGUAUGUGAUGCUUGUGAACUAGCUAAACAUACUAGGGGCUCUUAUCCUAGUAUUGGUCUUAGAAGUG